AUGACAGUGCGGAACCAUUUACGCAAAGAAGGGCAUCGAGGCCCAAUGUCACCGCUGUUUCCUCGCCAUGAGUUGAAGAUAUCAGGUCCUCUUCCACACCCUCUCCCUGCUUCCUACGACGCCGAACCUCCAAUCACGCCGAACCUUCUGUCCUUCAACACCCCAUUCCUCAGUUCACCUCGCCAUUCUCGCCAUUAUCCACAUACACCAACUCAAUCCAGUCCAUCCGAAGUUUCGCGACGAACGACAUACCAUCCCAUCCCGUCCCCAGGGGCGACGCCUGCUCACGCCCACCAGGUCUCUAUCUCGAGCAAUGUAUCCAACGCAUCCAUCAUGCAUCGUCGACGAGGGAGCACCCUCAAAACGGUCAUGCGGAAAAUAUUCGGCCGCAAGUCGCGAGAUGAACUAGACGAACUCAAGUCUCCGCAAGAAAUUCCCGAAGGUUGUCAAACCGAGUCUCCAGGGGUUCCUAGCUUGCAUGACGAAGACGAGGAUAUCGUGAUCCCAACGACCAUCCGUCUUCACAGAUCUUCGUCUCUCCCAAGCCUGAAAACGAGCCCUAAAGUUAGUGUUGAUGAUCGUAGAGCAUCUGUGGUUGACCUAGGCACUCCUCCUCAACCAUGGGUCUCCUCGGAGCUCUUGGACGUCCGAGUGCAUCGACGGCGGGCGACGCUGCCUAGUGUUGCCCUUUCGGUAACCGAUACACUAGAUCUUACCUCCAAGCUCGAUGUAGCUGGAGUGUAUGACAGAAAAAGCUCAAUCACCACUGGACACGGCAGCAGCCUCGAUGCCCUCGCAAUAAAAGCCGAUAAUCGGUAUAAACGGCGGUCACGAAGCGCGUGUGGUUUGCGAGACACUGCUAAGGCUCAUCGCAUGUCUCCAAUACAAUGGCGGCGAAGAAGUGAUGAAAUUAGAUUUUGGAGAGCCAGCACCCUCAACGACUUUACCGAAGCUCGACCUGACACUAGGGCUGCAACCUCGACAACAAUACAUGCUGACAUUGAAGAAAAGGACACGGAAGGAAGUGAAGAGGCCGUUGAAACCCCCAUCGAAAGGGUCGAAACCAACGAACCAGCACCAACAGAUGGAGAUGGAUUUGAUUUUAAAAAUUUAAUGGAAACAAUGCAGACCGGGAAUGAUCUCAACUUGGCGCAACGGGUGGGAACUCUUGAGGUGAAACUAAUGGACUUGGAGUUAGCUAUUGCAAAACUACAAAAUCAACACGCGCAAGCGGGUAUAACGAAAAAGAAGACCACAGCCUCGCCAGUCCGAGGCAGGACUAUAGACCCUAUCGAUGACUCGGGGCAGUUCAUUAGUUCAUUCAUAUCCACUCCUAGCAUCACUCCCCCACAAGGAUCUCCCGCCGAAGUGGAGGCAGCGCAAUACAGCAGUCCUAUUACGUUGUGUAACCAUUCUUCAAUGGAGUAUAUCUCACAGUCACGCCGCCCUCCAUCGCCAUAUCGUUCAGAUUCAGGUUUCCAGGGGAUAUCCGUCGAGCAAUAUAGCGCCCUGACGACGCUAAUGCGCCGAGAACAGUGCGCCAGAAAACUCCUCGAAGGCCAAAUUCUUUCGAUGCAACAGGAGAUUCGACGUCUUCAGGGCGGCGAGUCAUGGGGCCCGGUGCCUGGAAGCACCUUUUUGCGAUCUUCAAGCCCCGACUCACAGAUGAUGUCAAGCCCAUACCCUCAUGAAUCACCAAGGCAAGGAUCAUCGGUCCCAUGGAAGCACCCGCGCUAUCCCUCGCCCUCUCGAAAUGAUAGUUAUUCAUCUGAUGGCUAUCACCACAACUCCGACCCGAGAAGCUACCACACCUACCACCGAUCCCGAAAUGAUUAUUCUAUAACUCACAACAACCAUAUUCCAGGGAUGAUAUAG